UGACAAUUGACAGACACUACACCGCGAUCGACGCGACCCCUCAUUCCGCAAGAUUCGCAAGAACAAGAACGCGGCCGGCCAUUUUGGUUUCGUGAUUUGUUGAAAACAAAAAAAAUUGCGUGAGCCGUGAACUGAAUCUGUGCAUGGUUGAAUUAAAAUUUAUUUUUUCCUCCAUCUGUUAUUAUAGAACAAAAUACAAUGACUGAAAGAUACGAUUCAAAUGGAGAAUACUACACUGACAACUUCAAAAGGAAAGCAUCAGAAAGCAAUUACAAUAAUGAUAACGCAACGGGUGAUACUGAAGAAAAUAAUCAGCAAAACCAAAAGGCCAAUGAGUAUGUUAAGGAACUUCUUGCCGAAAAACUAUUAUUGGACCAGAGCAAAUUUUCAAAUGCCGCAAAAUUAAUAGACCAAGAGGUUUCUAAAGUUCAGCAAUUAGGUAGAGUCCCGAGAGAUAACAAGUAUGUGGAUAUCUACAGAGAAAAGCCUAUCAAGGUUACUGUAAAGGUGUUAGUACCUGUAAAAGAACAUCCAAAGUUCAAUUUUGUUGGGAAAUUGUUGGGACCAAAAGGCAAUUCAAUGAAGAGGCUUCAAGAGGAGACCAUGUGCAAAAUGGCUGUACUUGGUAGAGGGUCUAUGAAAGACCGCAACAAGGAGGAAGAGCUAAGAACCUCUUUGGACCCCAAAUACAGUCACUUAUCUGAUGAUCUGCAUGUUGAAAUAUCUGCACUGGGACCACCAGCAGAAGCUCAUGCUAGAGUGGCUUUUGCUCUAGCAGAAGUGAGAAAAUACCUCAUCCCUGACAACAAUGACUUCAUCAGGAUAGAGCAAAUGAGAGAGAUGGAAAUAAUGGUGGGUGAUCCUCAUGAACACCCCCAUCAUGAGGACAGAGAAAUGAGACCAAGAAGACCUCCACCUCAAAUGAUGAGAUCCGGGCCCCCGCGAGCCGCCCCGCGCGCUCCCCCACCACCUUCGAUGCGCCCCUCCGCCUCUGGAGGAGUGGGAGGAGGCAGACCCUCCCCCUCUCAGCCGCGCGGCGUCAUGCCCGCCAAGACGAAGAUCAUGUCGAUCUUGGAUAGGGCGCGAGUCGCCAUGGAGGAGAGCUACGGAUACGAGGAGGAGCAGUAUGAGGGGGGAGCUGGAGGCUAUGAGGAGUAUGUGCCUAGAGGAGGCGGAGGAGGAGGGUACGGGAUGGGAGGAGGUGGUGGUGGUGGUGGGGGGCAUCACUAUGUGGAGCCAGAGUAUGAAGGGGAUUACUACCGGCAGAGUGCUUCUAGUUACGAAUCGCCAUCGCAAGCUCGCUCUUGGAAGAACUCUUAUAAAGGGCCAGCUGGGCCUUCUCCCGCUGCGGGCCGACACGUAGGGCAUGCUGACCCGUCUCGUUACAGGGCGAGCCCUUACUCACGCCCAUCAAAAUAAACUUGAGUUCCAGACAAUUUUAUUCGUAAAUUUGAAAUAAUUAAUGUAAUGAUUUGAUACCGUCUUUUUAGAAGAGUACCUAGUUUUGUACUCCUAAAAUAAUUUUUACAUUAUUUGUAUUUGAGUUGCUUAAUCUAUGACUAGUUAUUCCUAUAAAUUAAAAUUUUUGAAAAGGUCAUAUUGCUCAUAACAACCAAAUCUUGCUUUAGUUUCUGUUAAACACAAUUAAAACUCAUGAAUAUUAAAAAUAACUCAUUUGUCCUAACAUUUGCAGAGAUAAAUGGUUGAUUCUUAUCACAAUACAUUCCCAAUACCAUGUUAUACUACUUAGUUUGCAAAUCCAAAUAAAUUACAGAUUAAUAAUAUAAUAGAUGAUGAUUUGAUUUGUUCAUAAUUCGUCUAUACUUUUUAUUUGUAACAUCCAAUGUUGAAUAUUUCCUGUUAAUUUUUCUCUAAUGCUCACAUGAAUAAUAUGAAUUGGCUGAUGAUGACAAAAUCUUGUUUUGAUUAUGAUGAGAAGAAACGUUGCA